UCCACUCCGCUCAGCUCGAGCUAGCUGCAUUUUGCAUACCAAUGGCAAUGGGCAAGAGCUCUGUCUUGGUCUUGCUGGUGCUGUUGGUGGUGGCCACCGACGUUUCCAGCCGAGCCACAUACACAGGAAGCAUCACCUCGGCUGCAGGUGUAACGACGGCGCCGGCGAAGAAGCACGGCCAUUGGGGCACGCUGAAGCCGAAGCCGAAGGUGGCCGACAAGCAGGUGCCUGCGCUGGUGGUGUUUGGCGACUCCAUCGUGGACACGGGCAACAACAACGCCAUCCACACCAUCGUCAAGGCCAACUUCCCGCCCUACGGGCACGACUUUGGCGCCGACCACCGCCCCACCGGCCGCUUCUGCAACGGCAGGAUCCCCACCGACUUCAUCGCCUCCAAGCUGGGGCUCAAGCAGCUGCUCCCGGCCUACCUGCAGCAGAACCUAACAAAACAGGACCUGCUCACCGGCGUCAGCUUCGCGUCGGGAGGAACAGGCUACGACCCGCUCACGGCACAGCUCGCCUCCGUCAUCUCCAUGACGGACCAGCUCCGCAUGUUCCACGAGUACAAGGCCAAGGUCCGGGCCCUCGCCGGCGACGCCGCUCUCUCGGAGAUCCUCUCGAAGGGAGUCUUCGCGGUGUGCGCCAGCAGCGACGACGUGGCCAACACCUACUUCACCAUGCGGGCGCGCAGCUCCUACUCGCACGUGGACUACGCGUCCCUCAUCGUGUCCCACGCAUCCACCUUCCUCGACGGCCUGCUCUCCGCGGGGGCCAAGCGGGUGGCCAUCAUCUCCAUGCCGCCCAUCGGGUGCGUGCCGUCCCAGCGCACGCUCUCGGGCGGCCUUGGACGGGACUGCUCGUCGGGCCACAACGAGAUCGCCGAGAUGAUCAACGCCGGUAUGGGCACCACGGUGGAGUCUCUCAAGGCCAAACACCCGGGGGCGAGGGUCGUGCUCAUGGACAUCUACGGGUACUUGUUCGACAUGAUGAUGCGCCCGGAGGGGUACGGGUUCAAGGAGUCCACCCUGGGCUGCUGCGGCACGGGGAUGAUGGAGGUCUCCGUGCUCUGCAACGGCGUCACGUCGGCGGUGUGCGGCGACGUGACCGACUAUUUGUUCUGGGACAGCUACCACCCCACGGAGAAGGCGUACCGGAUCCUCGUCGACUUCGUCUACGACAACUACCUCAAGGAGCUCAUCGACUAGCUACCGAGCUUUCAUGCCCUAGCUACCUAAUACGUACUGUUUGUGAUUGACAUUUCAAGUUCAUUGUGUUUGUGUUGUGCACACACACCUAUGUAUGUAGGUUGUGAAAAAAGAAGUUGAAUUUUUUACUUUUACUGCAA